AUGCCCGCGACCGGACCCUCUCGAUCUUGCGGCAUCGGCUUGACUGUCCUGGUCUUUGUGCUUCUCGUCAGCUCUGUGCUGUACCUUCGCCCACUGUCCUCGAUCCAGCCUUUCUCGACACCACCUCACGAGCCGGACUGGGCCCACGCGAGUCACGAUGGAGAAGAGCCGGCACGAAAGCCUCAGGCGAACGUGCCAUAUAUACAAGAGGAGGUGAAGGAGAUUGGUGAAGAUACCACACACCUGCUGUCACCGGAACAACAAGCAGCAGCCGCCAAAAUUGUCAACUCUGAACGCCUGGAGAUCAAGUCCAAGAUCACGAAGAAUGGAAAAUACCUGAAAGUCGACUUCCUGGGCGCCCAUCGCGGAUUCAACCCCAGCGUUAUCCCUCAUCCAUACAAGACCGACCCGCCAACAUGGCUCAUGAUCGCCAACAAAGACCUGUCGCAGGCGGACAUGACAUACUUCAACUACCAGCUCGUCUGCGAAGCUGAGAUCCGGGACGACAAGAUGCAAUGCACCAAGCCUCCGUUGACCCUCCCCAUUGCGUCCACAUCCAGCCACAAAUGCUCGCAGUACGGUCUCGACGGCGCCAACGACGUGAUCGGUCCGCACGACGCUCGCAUCUUCCACGGCCUGGAACAGCCUUUCGUCACAUGGAUGACUCCAUCUCAAUACACAUGUCUCGGGCAGUACCUGCAAGACGCCCGCAGACUGGUUCCCUGGGACCAAUAUCACGCAUACACGAACGACACGGCCGACUUCUUCUGGCCGACCGAAUUGAGACGGCCUCCGCCGAUUGAUGGCGUGGAGAAGAACUUCUUCCUAUUCUGGGCUGCGGACGGCCAAGCGUACAUCCACCACGACAUCAAGUCAGACCACCGAGUCUUCGCCAAGUUGAACACCAGCGACGGCACAGUCGGUCCAGACCUCGCACCGCUAUCUGCAGAAAAAGACUCCAAGUGCCUCCAACGACUCAUGCCAGAGUUGAACCUAGAAACGAAACUCGAAUUCAUUCAUCAAGCGACCAAUUCACUCAUCGUCACCACGUGCAACCGCUCGGAUCCACAAUGCCAAAGGACCGACGAUAACACCUUCAUCAUGACCCUCUUCCAGAAGAAGAGCUUCUACGGACACGGCAUGUAUGAGCCUUACAUCAUGCUCUUCAAGCAGACGGCGCCGUUCGAAGUCGUGGGCAUCUCGAGCAAGUCUUUGUGGUACAAUGGCCGCGGUCGACCCGAGGGAGAGUGGCAGAAGGAUACCUGGCGACCACACGGACAGACCGAGAUGCUCUUCACUACCUCCAUGUCUUGGCAGUCUCACGACCUUACCUACCACGGACAUCUGGACGAUGUCUUGUUCUUGACGUUUGGAGUCGAGGACAAGCGUGGAGGCAUCCUCGAUGUCGUCGUGGGCGAUCUGAUUGCGGAUCUGGCGUAUUGCGAUUGAGGGAGCUAUGGCUGGUCCAAACUGGAGAUCAAGUCGACACUUUCCACAAGCGAGCCGGUCAAAACGC